AUGAAACAAAUUAAAAUAAUGUUGAAACAACACCUAAUACAAUUUAUGAAAAAAGUCUCUUAUCAUGCUUCUAAUAACCAACCAUAUUCAAUUGCAUUAAUAGAUUCUAUAUCAGUGUAUUUUGAUAGAAUACAAAAUCAUGUUGAAUUAACAUGUCAAUUUUCAACAGGUGAUAUACGUGAUUUAUUACGUUUUAUAAUAUUUAUUUCAUUUUUAUAUGUAUCUGAUUCAUUUCCAUCAUCACAACAUUUAUCAAAUUUAUAUGAUUUAUGUGAUGAAUAUUUCCGUACAUGGUUUGAUGAAGAUGACUUAAUGAUCUCCUUUAUAAGUUAUAAUUUAUGUAAAUCUAGUAUAUUAAUUGGACAAACAACAAAUGAAUAUAAUGAAUUAUAUAUACAUUUAAUUGAACUUGGUCAAUAUCCUAGAAAUGAUAUAUGGCGUUUAUAUGAAAUACGUGCACGUAUUGACACAUUAUUACAACGACCAAAUGAAAAUACAAAUUCAUUAAAUAAUGAAAAUGUUAAUGAAGAACAAGAAAUUAUUGAUAGUUCAUCAAGAAUAUCAUCAUCUGAUAAUAUUCUUAUUGCACUUGUUGCAGAAUUAUAUGAACGUACUAAACAAUCAUCAACAUUACCAUAUGAAGCUUUACUUUUAUUACAUCCUUUAUCAUUAUUACUUGCACACAUUAGUUUAUCGGAUCGUUUAAUGAAUAAAAUGGUUUUAGAAUUUGUUGCAUCAACACAAAAAUGA